GGUUCCGUUUGGUUGUGUAAGUGUGUUGGUGUCGACUGCCGAGUCAUAGAUGUGCGUUCACGUUUUAACAAAGACGCAGCUGCAGGACUGGAGUAAAUGUAAUUCUGUCAAACACACGGUAUCAUACCUAGACAUAAUCUACAUUUAGUAGAACUCCUUCAGAAAUUCUGUCAUUAUUUCUGAAAAUAACACAACUUUACAAGUUUUCUUCCGGGCCACACUUUCCACCGGAUGGCAGUGCUUGGGAGCUACUGUGAAGCCAAUGGCUCCAUAGCAGAGGUGUGGAUUGAGCAGGGCCUAUCUCCCUGCUUCUAUUUCACCCUGGUCCCGACACUGAUGUUGACCAUUUCCUUCCUUUUCGGCACUUUCCACUGCGUUUGUUACGGCAAGUAUGGCACGGCAAUGGAGCCCAAAUACAUCCCUCGUUCGAAGCUGUACACCCUGCAGUGCUGCCUGUCCGCCAUGCUCUUGUUGCAGUUCUUCGGGGGGAUGUUGUUGCAGGCUGUGGGCCGCAGUGUGGUGCCUGGCUACACCAUCUUGUAUGGGUGUCUGUCAGUGCUGGGUUGGGCCUGUUCUCUGGUCCUGCUGAGGCAGGAGAGGACCCGGGUGCUGGUUCGGGAUCGAACCCGGGGCCACAGCACAGUGCUGCUGCUCUUCUGGGCUUUGGCCUUUGCUGCAGAGAACCUGAGCUUCAUGUCAUGGAUGAGCCCCCUCUGGUGGUGGUCCCUAGAAACUACACAGCAAAAGGUGCAGUUUGGGCUGUGGCUGCUGCGCUAUGUCUGCACAGCACUGCUGUUCAGUCUGGGACUCCGGGCUCCAGGGCUGCCUAAGAGACCCUACAUGCUGCUGAUCAAUGAAGACGAACGCGACCUGGAGCACGGGCAGCCCCUGUUGGGUGACGGCAGCAGGAGCCAGUCAACGUGGCAGAAUUUUGGAAAGAAGGUGAAGCUGCUGGUUCCCUAUAUGUGGCCGAAGGGGAGCGUGCUGCUGCAGGGGCUGGUGGUCCUGUGUGUUGGGCUGCUUGGGGUAGAGCGGGCUGUCAACGUCUUUGUUCCCAUUUACUACAAAAACAUAGUGAACGAUCUGACUGAAGGAGCCAGCUGGAAGGCCGUUUCUGUCACAGUCUGCAUGUAUGUGUUCCUCAAGUUCCUGCAAGGAGGGGGAGCAGGGGCCUCUGGCUUUGUGAAUAACCUGCGCUCGUUCCUGUGGAUCCGGGUACAGCAGUACACUAACCAGACAGUGCAGAUCCGCCUGUUUGCUCACCUUCACUCGCUGUCCCUGCGCUGGCACUUGGGCCGUCGCACUGGGGAGGUGCUGCGCAGUAUAGACAGGGGAACCUCCAGCAUCAACUCCCUGCUGAGCUACAUUGUGUUCAGUAUCUUUCCCACUAUAGUUGACAUUGUGAUUGCAAUCGUCUACUUCAGCUCCCUGUUUAGUGCCUGGUUGGGACUAAUCGUCUUCAUCUGUAUGGCCCUUUACCUGACUCUGACCAUCGUCAUAACGGAGUGGAGGACCAAAUAUAGACGAGAUAUGAACACGCAGGACAACGAUGCCAAAUCCAAGGCUGUCGACUCCCUGCUGAACUUUGAAACGGUGAAGUAUUACAACGCUGAGAGCUAUGAAGUGGACCGCUUUAACGACGCCAUCCUCAAAUAUCAGGCUUCUGAAUGGAAAGUGAAUGCCUCUCUGGCCUUGCUCAAUCAGACUCAGAACCUCGUUAUUGGCGGCGGGUUACUGGCCGGCUCCCUGCUCUGUGCCUACUUUGUCACUGAGAACAAGCUCAAGGUUGGUGAUUAUGUUUUUUUCGGAACCUACAUUAUUCAGCUCUACACCCCUCUCAACUGGUUUGGUACCUACUACAGGAUGAUCCAGAGUUCAUUCAUAGACAUGGAGAACAUGUUUGAGCUUUUUACUGAAGAGCAGGAGGUGACGGAUGAUGUUAAUGCUGGGCCUCUUCUUUUUAAACUGGGAAAGGUGGAGUUUGAAAACGUUCACUUCAACUAUGUGAAUGGUAAAGAGAUUCUGAAGGACGUGUCCUUUACAGUCAUGCCUGGUCAAACAGUAGCUCUGGUGGGGCCUUCUGGAUCAGGAAAGAGCACCAUCAUCCGUCUCCUCUUCCGCUUCUACGAUGUGCGGGGGGGGUGUAUCCGGAUUGACGGGCAAGACAUCUCCAAGGUAAAGCAGACAUCCCUGCGCUCCCACAUUGGAGUGGUGCCCCAGGACACUGUGCUCUUCAACAACAGCAUCCGAGACAACAUCCGCUAUGGGCGCAUCUCAGCCUCCGAUCAAGAGGUGGAGGAGGCAGCGCAGGCCGCAGAGAUCCACGAGAACAUCAGCGCCUUCCCAGAUGGUUAUGAUACUGCGGUGGGGGAGAGGGGGCUGAAACUCAGCGGGGGUGAGAAGCAGAGGGUUGCCAUUGCCAGAACCAUCCUGAAGGCACCCCAGAUCAUUCUCCUGGAUGAGGCCACGUCAGCGCUGGACACACACACAGAAAGGAACAUCCAAGCCUCUCUCUCCAAAGUCUGUGCCAACAGGACCACUAUCGUCGUGGCUCACAGAUUGUCGACCAUCAUUAAUGCUGACCAGAUCCUAGUCCUUCAAGAUGGACAGAUCGCAGAGCGUGGAAGACACGAUGGACUCCUGGCGAAGGGAGGGCUGUACUCCAACAUGUGGAUGAAACAGCAGCAGGGUCAGGACUCGGACUCUGCCUCUGACACAGAGACCAAGGACAGGAGCACAGAGAAGCUGCAGCCCUCCAGCUCUGUUGCACGCAGGAGCCAGUGAGAACAGGGGAGUCCCAGUCAAAUACACUGUUUUGUACAAGCACAGUGAAAUCAGCAUUUUAGCAUCGUCACUGGUCCCCUUUCACCUGUGUAUUUUCUGGUUCUUUGAAUGUAUUUCAAAUAGAACUCUUUAAAAUGGUAUGUGUCUUUCUGGUACCUACUCACUUCCUGCACUAUCCGUCUAUCCAGUGUUGUAGUUCCAAUCAGAGCAGGUUCACGAUGGAAAGUGUUCAGCUACCAGGAAUAGUGAAGCAAAUUUAAGAAAUUCCAAUCACAAGAGGAAGGAAAUCAGUGUUGUUUUUGCUGGUGCAAUCAACUUUAAACUGACAGCUUGCUGUAUAGCCAUGGUUACAUUCUGACUGACUCACUGAUACUUCUGGGGGGCCAUAAACUGUACAGCUGGGACAAAAUGAAGGGAUGCUUAUUGUUGAAUAGAGAACAUAUGAUGUGAGUGUGUCUGUACCUGACUGUCUGUGUGAGUGUUUCCGUGUCUGUACCUGACUGUCUGUGUGAGUGUUUCCAUGUCUGUACCUGACUGUCUGUGUGAGUGUUUCCAUGUCUGUACCUGACUGUCUGUGUUUCCAUGUCUGUACCUUACUGUCUGUGUGAGUGUUCCCUCCGUCUCCAUGUCUGUACCUGACUGUCUAUGUGAGUGUUCCCUCCGUCUCCAUGUCUGUACCUGACUGUCUAUGUGAGUGUUCCCUCCGUCUCCAUGUCUGUACCUGACUGUCUAUGUGAGUGUUCCCUCCGUCUCCAUGUCUGUACCUGACUGUCUAUGUGGGGAAGGCAAACUUGUGGCCAAAACAAGCAGAAUCAAAACUCCAGCACUGAUGUUUGUUUUGUAACCUUUUUGUGGCACUACCAGUUCCAGUCGCACAUUUCUGUAAUAUAUUCUCUAUACUAUCCCAAGUGUGUCAUUUCCAAGCAGGGGUUAAUAUUAGCUGUGGACUUUAACAGUGUGGGUGUGUUGGAUUUAUUAUGUUUCAAUAUGACAUCAAGUGGUAAUAACAGGACAUCAUGGGAAGCAGUCUUUGUGGAAGAAAGCUGUAUCAGUAAUGCACUUGAAUUGCAGGUGGUGGUAAAUGUUAUUUUUUAUGAUUGUGUUUUUUCAAAUCAACACAGGAAAGUAAUACAUGUUUUUCUUUACUUCCAGUCUUGGGACACUGGAAAUGCUGGCUGUAUUUUGGGUGCAUUGUUUGUGUGUAACAGCAAGGGGUCCUGUUAGGUAUUCUGAACCCUUGAGUCAGAACCUGUUACCAUUCCUCUUUGCUGAAGUUUCUUAGGGGGCUGUUCAUAGAUGCAUUUUCAGGGGAUGGGCAAAAAAGUAGAAAAGCUGCUGACAGGGUCCAGGCAGCCUGGGGCAGCACUGAGAAGAGCCUGCAGGGCGUUUCCAUUGCUCUGGAGGGUUGCAUGAUCUUUCCUCAAUGAGUAUUGCUUUCAUUCCCAUUGAGAAUGGAAAUCUGCCGCAAAGUCUGUUCUCCAGGAUGGUCUGCCUAGCAAUCAAACUAUGAUACUGUUCUUGCUGAACAUUAAUAAUUAGGGCUGUCAUGUUUAACACUAUCAGACAUCGUGCCCAUGUAGAUGCAGCUUUUCCUUAAAGAUAAUAGAUAGUAGACCUUGAUAUAGAUACAGCCAUCUGACAUUUGGUGAAGAUAGUUUGCAGCAGAUGGGAAUGAUGUCACAUUAAAUUUAGCUACACUGUUUCAUUAUUCUUAUUUAACUAUAUAUAUAUAUUAUUAAAGUAAGUACAGGGUGCUGUGUAAGAUGCAAGUUGAUUUUCACCUGCUCAAGGUCAGAGCGGCCAAUAUUUUCAUAUAUAUGUACAUAUACAUGGAUGAAGGUUAUAUUUGCAUCCUGAGCCAUUCGGAAAAAAAAGUGAUAAUACCACAGUAGUGACGUCAAAAAGUGAUAAUUCCUCUAGAGGAAAAUAUACUUGAACUUUGACCCAUUCGACUCCUCGAGACCAUCACUUUCAAUUCAAACACAAAAUAUCUCGUUUUCAAUCACUCGACAACAUCCACAGUACAUAAAUGUUCAUUAAUUAUCAACAAAAUGAGCUGGUACAUUCGUAUCUCAGAGAAACUAAACGAAUGACAACAUAGAACGUCUCUACGAACUGAAAAAACUCUUUAUUAAAAAAAAAAAAAAACAGCAGUGUGCUGCUGAACCUCGUCUUCUUUAAUAUUAGCAUCACAUCCAUGUAUUAUAAAAAAUAAUAGAUGGGCCUCUUCAGUGAGUUACAGGAAAACAAUUCCAUCUCAGGUUUCUGUGACAGUUUAUAAACUCGACUUUCAGUCUUGUAAUUUAUGACGUCACAGAAACCCAAGAUGAAAUUAUUUUCCUGUA